GAUUUGUGAAUCUCAAAUAAACAUUUAUUGAAUUAAUAAACUAAAUAUCUGAGUCUAAACAAUUAUAGAAAGUUUUUACUGAUUUUACUGUUAGUGAACAAACUAUUGAUAAAUAUUUAUCGAUUUGUAGACUUUAUUUAUAAUUUAAUCUUGUAACCAUUGUACAAGAUACUUAUUUGAUACUCACAUAUGAUAUUCGAUUUAAUAUAGGUUAUAGUUAAAUUGUAAAGUGAAUUUAUUUGAAAUAUGAGUGCUCGACUUUUAAAAGAUCCAGCAACAGCCAGCUGUCGUAUAUUCGUUGGUCAUCUUCAAACUGAUGACACAAAUAAGUUAGAAUUAGAACAACACUUUUCAAAAUAUGGAACUGUAAUUGGAUCAUUAAUCAAUCGAGGUUUCGGUUUCGUUCAAUUUGAGAAUGAAAAAGCUGCUCAAACAGCUAUUCAAAAUGAAAACGGUCAAAUGUUUAAAGGUCGUAGAAUAGAUGUAAGACCAGCGAAAAAAGAUUCCCACAAUGCCAAUUCAAAUUCAGGGAAUCAAAAUAACGAUGAUAAAUCAAAAAUACAAGGAGGGAAUCAAUUUUCAUCUAAAAAUAAUAUGUUCAAUUCAAAGAAUAAUACAUUCGGUAACACAAGUAAUAAUCAAAACUUUAAUAAGAAAAACUUUUCUGAUACUUCAUUUGAUGAUCAUCCAAAAUCUGAUAAUGAUUGUUAUGAUAAAAACUCCAAAAAUGAUAGUAUGACGAAUCAGCAUGAAAAUGACUUUCAAUCAUUUUCAAAUAAUGAUAAUUCAUUUAAUUCUAGUAAUCAUAAUUCAAGUAAAGACAAUGAAAAAGAAAAAUUCAAUUCAGGAUAUGGUAAUGAUCAAAUGAACAGCAAUGUUGAUCGAGAAAAUAAUUCAAAUAGCAAUUCGAAUAAUAGUAUGAAUAACAACAAUGAUAAUAGUAAUGACGAUGAUAACAAUAGUAAAAAUAAUAAUCAAAAUAAUGAAGGUAACAAUGAAAACUCUUCAGCUAAUUCCGGAAACCAAAAUCGGCAACAUAACAAUAAUAAUAAUAAUAAUAAUAAUAAUAAUAAUAAUAACAACAACCAAAAUCGUAAUAACCAAGGAAACGCACCUCGUCAACGGGGAAACCGAGGCGGGAAAAAUAGGAACAAAAAUCGGGGAGCUGGUGGUGGUGGCAGUGGUGGUGGAGGAGGAGGAGAUAAUGUACUUAAUAAUGGAAAUAAUUUUCGAGAUAGAAGUCCUUUAAACCGAGGUAUGCGAGGUGGAAAUGACGAAAAAGGUCGAGACUGGGAUCAUAAUAUUAUGAUCCGAAAUAACAAUUUUAAUAGAGAUUCCUUCAAUGAAAACCGUUUUGAUGAUAGAUUCAAAGAUGUCAUACCUUCAGGAAAUUAUAAUUACAAUAGAGAUUCUUUCAAUGGAAAUCGUUUUGAUGACAGAUUUAAAGAUCCCAUAAAUACUGGUAAUUACCCAAGAGGUCCUUCAGAUUAUCCUCCAAUACCUGUUUCAGAUAAAAACGAUUGUGAAAUAAUCGUUGUCAAUAAAAAUUUAACAGAAUAUGCAGAAGCAAUUGAGGCACGAUUAAAAAAAAUGUGUCUUACUGUAGACCUUUUGUUUCCUAAUGAAGAAGUACCUUUGAGUCGUGUUCUAGGAAAUAUAGCUAAUCGUGGAUGUUUAUAUGCUGUUGUUAUAACGCCAAUAAAUAUGGAACAUUAUUCAAUCACCUUGAAUAUUUUACAUGGACUACCACAAGAACAUAGAAACAUGCCGGUAGAAGAUGCGUUAAGUCUAAUUAGCCGAGAUUUUAGUAAUUAUAAAUCAGGUGGUCGAUCAGUACCAUUUAAUACACCAUUUGCAAGUGAUCGUCAUCCUGAUGCAAUUCAAGUUUUAUUAAAUAUGUUAGCUGAUAAUCACCAGUUAACUGUGUUACAAUAUGAUCGUUUGAUCAAAUAUUUGGAAGUAAAACGUGAAGAACAAGUACAAAGCGAACUUGGGGAUACAAAAGAUUUACCUACAUCAACUGCACUUGCUACCGUUAACGAUCCAAAACAAGCAGAGUUACAAUCAAGGAUUUUAAAUAUUUUGAAUAGUAAUAAAACAUCAAACACAAAUUUACCAGCCCCCAGUCCCGUGCCUGCUCCUGCUCCGGUUCCAGCACCUCCUAGCACUUGGGAAGCAGGAGUAUCUUCAACCACUACAACAUCAGUAACAUCAACAAGUACUACAGGAGUAUCACCAUCACCUUUGCUAAACGAUCCAACAGUACAGAAAGCUCUUGAUAGUCUUUUGCAAGGAAAUUUAUUAAAAAAUAUUGGAGAUUCACAGUCAACGUCCACACAACAGCCCUUAUUUGCAGCAUUUCCGAAUAUUAAUCGUUUUUAAAAUGUAGUUACAUUAGAGUUAAGUGUUUGAUUAUUCUACGAAGCUAAAAAAAUUAUUAUUUUAUCACAUUAAUAAUCAGCUAAUUAAUUAUUGUAAUUAUUCAUAGAUUAUUCAAUUUUUUUGAAUAAACUUCAUAAAUAGUAACUAUAACUAAAUUAGGAAAACCAAGUAGAAGGACAAACCGUUAACAUGUAAAAUUUAUUUUCUGUGAUGGUCUCAAUUUAUCUAUACUGGUUAUAAUUAUUGCAGUAGUGAAUAAAUAUUUUUUAUUUUACAGUGUA